UGCUGAAGUUCCCAAUAAAAAUUCAAUCCUUACAACCUUACCCUCUCCCUCGUGACAUCUGAACGGUGCAACCCAAUCGGUCGCAAGGAGACCCCAUUCCCGCGCAGAGAAUGACGGGCAGAACCAGUGGCCUGAUUGCUUCGCCUCUCGUUCUUCAACCCAUCAACGUCUUCCCUUCUCCAAGACGCUCGAAACCCAAUUUCCUCAUCGCCAUUUGCAGGGCCCAAAACAAACCCACCCGCAAGAAACCAGGGUAUGGUACCUCGAGGCGGUCCAUUCUGAAGAAGAGCUUCGUCCAGGAGCAGGUAAUGUUCAGCGGUCCACUUUCCGGCGAUCCCCACGUCGCCAUAAUCGGCGGCGGGAUGUCGGGUCUUCUUUGUGCUCUCACUUUGGACGGCCGAGGGAUCCGCUCUACGGUGUUCGACACGGGGCUUCAUGGCUUAGGAGGAAGAAUGGGAACUAGAAAAAUUGAUCCACAGCCUCUGAUAUUUGACCAUGCAGCUCAGUUCUUUACUGUCAGUGAUCCUGGAUUUGCUAAGUUGGUGGAUGGAUGGUCUGAGAAAGGCCUGGUUCGAGAAUGGAGGGGUACAAUUGGAGAGCUUGAAGUAGGUGGUCAAUUUGUACCACUUCCUUCUUCCCCUCCAAGGUAUGUAGGUGUUAAUGGGAUGCGCCCACUUGCGGAUUCAAUUCUAUCUCAGACAUGUAUGGUUAAUGUAGUGCAGCCUUGCUGGAUAAGUAAAAUAGAUCCAUUUAAUGGGAUGUGGCACUUGAGUGAGAAUAGAAAGCCUCGUGGGCAGUUUGAUGCCCUUGUCAUUGCACAUAAUGGAAAAUGUGCAAAUAGGUUGCUUGCUUCAUCAGGCUUACCACUUAUUGCAAGACAAAUGAAGAAGCUUGAACUGAGUUCUAUAUGGGCUCUUCUUGCUGCAUUUGAGGAUCCUCUUCCAAUCCCUCCUAAUUCAGUUACUUUUGAAGGAGCUUUUGUAAAAGGAGUUGAUUCUCUCUCUUGGAUGGCAAACAACACAAAGAAACUAUCAUGCCCCCCAAACUCUCCUCACUGUUGGACCUUCUUCAGCACAGCUGCUUUUGGAAGAAGGAACAAGGUUCCACAGGAAAAUAUUCCAGCUGCCACAGCGGAGAAGGUGAAGGAAGCAAUGUUUAAGGGCAUAGAGGAAGCACUGGGAUUAUCAAAAAACUCACUGAAGAGACCCUUUUAUACUCGACUUCAAUUAUGGGGUGCUGGUCUUCCCACUAAUACCCCGCGCAUUCCUUCCAUCUUUGAUCCUCAUGGAAGGGCUGGCAUAUGUGGUGAUUGGCUACUGGGUUCAAGUCUAGAGGCAGCAGCCUUAAGUGGCAUAUCUCUUGCUAAUCAUAUUGCAGAUUACUUCCAAAGCGGUGGAGUUCGUCCAGAAGAGUUCACUGUUGGUUUAGAUAAUGCCUUUCAACCACUCGAAGGACAUGAUAUUGGUCAAUUUCCUGGUCUAGGCUCAAAUGAACAAACAGCUGGGGCUGAGGCCAUUCAGCUUGGCACUUGAAUUUUGUCUGGCAAUGAUUAGGUGGUUCAACAGAUCUGCAAACAAUGUUCAUUGCGGCAAAGGCAGCUCCUGAGGAUGGGGUAAUUAAAUCAUCUGAAGGUGGAAUUGUCAGGAGGCAUUUCCAAUGUUCUGAACCUGCUGGCCGCAGCGUGGUUGCUUGGAACAUAUGGGUUCGAUCUCUGGAAGAAAAAUCUUGGAGCUUCAGUCCGUUUAAGAGUAGAGUUUUCUUGAUCUAGGUAGUGAAUUUGAGAUUGUUCAACUUCAUUGGCUAAAAUGGGUAGAUUGACAAAUAAAAUGGUGUAAUGGUGUCACGUUUGACACGAAAGUGGGAAGGUUAUUGUUACUUUAAGACACCCAUUAGUGGUGGUCAUAUAUGUUGCUAGGACGUACCUUUAAUAGGGUGUUUCUUUUUUUUAUUUUUAAUAAUUAAAAAGUUAUGAAUUUGAAUUGUAAAAC